AAUUAGAAAUAAGAAAUAAAAAUACAAACGCAUUCAGAGCGCAACUACACCGAUCACUCAACCACGAAGCAAAAAACUUUCACUCAUUCAACUACUUACCUAAUAACGAGGUCAACUCUUAAUAAACUCAAGUGUGCAUCUGCAAUAAAGAGCCCCGAAGGCACCAUAUGCAUCCCAAGCAUGACGCCAAAUAUCAUCGAAGUACCCCUAUCUCGGCUAGAACAUCAAGUCGCACUCAUACAUAACAAGCGAAAGAGCCGCAUAAGACAGCAGCCCACUUGAAAAUUAAAUUAACUGCCUCAAUGGAACGAGUUCACCAGAGGUGGCUAUGACACGCAGUCGUUCUCUUGUUCUUAAGCGGCAUUGUCAGGGCCUCCUACUCUUCAGCAAGCAUACCUGGUGGAAUUCCACGAUGACUUCCACCGCUUCAUGACUCAGAGUUAUCGGCUUUUCAUUUGGCAGUCGUUCGGUAAAUACCAUCAAGUUCUAGCGUUUGUUUAGCGCGUUUAUCGUCAGUGGCUACCGUGUUUGUUUACUGUGAAACCACAAAAAAUGAAUAAUGUUUACAAUGGCAGUUUUUACCCGGCUAGGAGCGACAUGUGCUUC